CUCUUCCUGUCCUUCCCUCCUCACCAACUUUUCUCUUUCUUUUUCCUGCCUCAACUUCUCCGCCGCCCUUCCCUUCUCAAUGACCUGCUGAACCAGCACACGCCGGCCUGUCUGUCAAACCAAUGGAACAGGUGCUCCAGUUACAGCCUCACCUCCCCCACUUUUCCUCCUCGGCUGCCCAAAGCCGCCGUGCCCACGUGUAACCAGCACGCCAACACUCCCCUACACACUUGCUCAGCCAGCCAGCAGGUGUCAGGGAGGGUGACUGGCUUGGAGAGAUGGGAGGGGGGUGCACGAGCAGUUCACAUGGAGGGGGGAGGGGGGAGGUUUGACAGUUCCUCACAGUUGGCACCAAAGAUCCAGGAUGCUUUGGGGCGGACGGGGAGAGGGGCAGAGGGGCCAAGGCAGAGAGCCAAGAGACAGAAGGAGAGGGGCCCAUUCCUCCUGGUAGGGCGACGCCAGGAAUUUCCUCUUUCUCUCUGCUCUACUUCCUCACGCCGCCGCGACCUCCUCUCCACCAUGACUCUGCUGGCCUCUGAGAGGUCUCUCCUCAUCCGGAACAAGUUCCGCUCAGUGCUUCAGUUAAGGAUCCAGAACCGAAGGCUGAGUGAAAUCAAUGCAGACUCAGGGCUGAAAGCUACCUGUCCCUCUCAAAAGACUGAGAAAGACCAAGGUGAAGAUCAGCGUCUGACUGACAGCGGUGCCUCUAAGAAGUUGCCCCCUGGUGGUCUGAACGCAGAACCUGCACAAGAGAGGAGUGUGUGUGGAGCCCAGAGGCAGAAGAAGGCUCGCCAUGCGCAGGACCUCGCUGAGAGGAUCCAGCGUCCACCUGCAUCUGUGGAGCAUCAGCACGAACAUGCGCUGCCCCACGAGAGCCGUGUCGCCCCUUUCCCUGCUGAUGUCUUCGAAGAUGACAUCUCCUCCCCCUCCUCCUCAACCACCGAGCAACAUGGCGCUCACCAGACACCAGCCAUUUCCUCUCUGACAGGACUCCCCGGCGACCAGUCACUGAGUGACUGCGUAGCUGUGGGUCCGACACUUAAUUGUAGUCCCAGCCAUGCGCAGUCUGGGUUAACGUUGCUCCCGGCAACUGCUGGCAUAAGACAGCCUAUAAGUGUAACGCUGGGCGAGUCAAACUCCAUGGCAACAACUGGGAGACCAAAUGGGAUGAUUCUGACUUCUCAGACCACUCCCCUACUGCCAAAGACAGCUCGGCCUCCCAGCCCCACCUGCUCCUCAUCUCUACAUCCUUCCUUACACUUUAAUCUGCCUCGCCCACGGAAACCGCGGGACACCAAACCCAAAAUGAGGAAACUCAAGUAUCACCAGUACAUUCCUCCAGACCAAAGGGGAGGGUCUGGGUCCGGAGUUGGAGGAGCCAAACAGAAGAGCCCUUCCCAGACUCUGGACCCAGCCUAUUCUCAUCUGCUGAAGCAGCAGCAGGUUUUCCUCCAGCUUCAAAUCCUGCAAAAUCAACAACAACAGCAGCAGCAACAGCAACUACAAACAUCGCCGCAGCUCACUGUGUUACCCAGUGGAGAUCACAACGAUCUCGUAAAGUCUUCUGGAGCCAUGCCACUGAAUCCCCAGCCUGUUCCCGCCACAACAAACCACACUCCCGCUGACACAAGCCCUGCAUCAAAGCCCGAGAUUCUGCCUGCAAACCUUGUUGAUUUGACAGUGUCGGAAUUGAGGCAGCAGCUGCGUAAACGUGGCCUCCCCGUCUCUGGCACCAAGCCUGCCUUAUUGCAGCGCCUUCGUCCCUUCCAGCUCCCCCAUGCGUGCCUCACCCCUACCGCCCAGCUGGGAACAAGCGUGGAGCCCCUCACUCCCAAUCCCCAGCUGCCGCCCAGCCAGAGCCCUGGCUCAAGUCCCAGCUCUGGACCGGACUCGCCCAGCAGCAGCAGCCCCAACCAACAGCUGUACAUCCAAAAUGAGGGAACUCCUAAUGGGAUUCUCAGUGACACUCCAAACAGAGUUCCAACUGGAACUCUGAACGCCGUCUCUAAUGGAUUUACAAAUGCUGCGUCAGUCAGUCUGGCAGGUGAACAGUGUGCUCUCACCAGCACAGCCUUCUUGGCUCCUGCCAGCACGGCCUCAGGAACCCCAAGUCCAAGUCUUCCCAUGUCGUCCUCCUCACCCUUGCAGUGUGAGACUCCCUGGAGAAGUGAGAGUGAGCAGCAGCAGCAACAGCAGCGCGAGCUGAGUGUGGAGCUUGAGAUGAGGGAGAGGAUAAGGAGCAGGCCAAGGGAACGCUCCAUGCACACAGGCAAAGAGUCCUGUGAGGGACCCCUUCAUCCGUUCCUGCAACAGGAUCCAGGAUGCUCCAGAGGGAAACCAGAGAAAAACGCACAAACGGAGGUGCUGUUUACUCAGGUGUUUAGCUGCCAGCCGUGUGAUGUGAUUUGCCAUGACUUUGAGCUGCCAGUGCAGAUUACUGCAAGUCCUGUUCAAACCUUACCUUGCGUUCGCAGCUUAGAGGAGGAACUACAGGAAGCUAUCCAGAGAGCACAGAUGGACCCUCGACAGUCGAUUGACGACAUUCUAGAUGAGCCUAUUACUUGUGAUGGCUCUGUUAACGUCUUUGAUCAUAAAUCCUCUGCCCACUCAUCCCUCGAUCCUUCUCAUUCCCCUAAAACUGAACAAUCCCAACCUUUCCAGCAGCACAACAAGGAUGACAACUUCCUGCCCUCACCUCUUUGCUCUUCCCUUUUGCUGGAGCUUCCUCCAUCUCCGGCUCUUAUAAACCCAAGCCAGGUUGUCCCUGUUCUGCCCCCGCCCCCCAUUUGUACCUCGCCGCUGCCAUCCACUGGGAAGUCACGGAAACGACGUGCUCCAACACCGUUCGAUGCCGCUGAUUGGCUUGAAACCCUAUCGUCCGGCCUCCGCCCUCUUACCCCUCCAAAAGCCCCCUUUGUCGAACCAGAUUUCAGCCUGGAUUCAGAUCUGAAUGUGAAUCGAGUGCUGGAUCUGUUAAUUGAGAAGUGGUGAGGGCUUGGGAGAGGUCUGUUCAUUCAUGUUUGUAGCCCUUUUGUAUGUACAGUAGCUGAGCAAUGUUUUUUUUUUUUUGGGAUGGUCAGGAAUUGGACAAGCUGUGUACAUUUGGCUGAGGGCACAUGGCUGUGAACGAAGGCCUCCACCUUCCCUCACUGAUAGGCUGUCAGUCACUGGCUCCACGCAAUGUCGAGAGCUGGGUUUAAUGCAGCCAUAAGGCCACACACAGUUUUAUGGGACAAUGAGAGCACAAACACAUACACAAGCAUGUGUCCUUUGUAUACAUAGACACUGCAGAGGGCUGUUUAAAAGCGCUUCUAUUCGCCCAGAAUUGCAAACAAGCAGCACAUCUAUGGGUUGACACACUCCCCAGUGUAAUGUUUGCAGUGGAAAACAAAAGAAAAGCUGGUGGCAUAUUAAGUUAAACAUGCUUCCUGGCUGCGCUGGGAGAAUGUUGUUUUCUGACUUAUCUCCAAAACCUGUUGUCGGAUUGGGCUGAAUGUAGCCUCUGAUAUUGACUCAGUCAUUGAGCUCCAGCCAUUCAUAAAGCCCAUUCAGAGUGUGUAAAAGCCACAGAGAGUACACAGCUUGUGUGUGGCUCUAGACUUUAACCCCAGUGCCAGACAUACAGUCGGCAUGCAGCGGGAGAAAGCUCACAGAUGCCACAAACAACCAGUGUGCAUGUGUUUGUGUGAAUGUGCUCAUGUAUGUGUGCUUUCAGUAUAUCUGAUGUGUGACUGGGCUUAUGAGUCUGCUUUUAUCUGUAUGAGUCAAAGUACAAAUGCUUCCAUGUAUUUUUAUCAGUAUCAUUACCAAAUGCACUUGUAAUUAUUUACUUGCCUACAAUUAACGGUCCCUAUUUGUGAGUGUUAUGGUUGACGAGAGCUUACUUAUGAUAAAAUGACUUUGGAUUUCUGAGUCCAGAUUCCGUGGCGGAUCCUGCUGUCAUUUCACCGCCACCAGGCAGCAACUCUGGUGAACAAGUGUAAUAAUGAAAACAACUACAUCUCCUUGCUCAAGUCACCAUUUUCCAGGAGAGCAAUCAGGCGACUGCAACCAGAAAUAGUUACUACGCAAAUGCACCAAUCAGCUGAGUGAGAGUUUCCUCAUCACUUAGCAUAAACAGGUGGUCAUUUUGUUCCCUGAUUAACCCCCCAGCAGUGACUUGCCUGUGCUGUGUGGCUUACCCUGCUUCUGCAGAAGCCAGCUUCAAAGCAAUGUACAUAUAUAUAUCUAUAUAUAUAUAUAUAUGUAUUUAUGUUGAACUUAAAUUUCUUUAAGCGUUUCCCAUGAUGUGAUUGUGUAAAGUCCACAAAAAUCUAAGAUCUUACAUUUUCCUGCUUACACUAAUGUCGAGCUGUUUCUGUACAGAUGUUCAGUGUUUCAGAAUGUCUGUUUUCCUCUUCUGAGUAUAAGCCAGCAACAAGGGGUGAAACACACAGCACAACACGACAGCUUUAAGAAGAAGGAAUUCUUGUUUAGCUUUCAUGACAGAGACCACAAAAAAUAUGCAGGUUAAAGUGGACGGAUGGCUACGAUAAUCAUAGCCAUCAAUAAACACUGCUUGCUUUGUUUAAAAAAAAAAGAUUGGCAGGAGAGUAAGAUGCUACCUCCUGUGACUUCCACUGCUUCAGGGCUGAUACUUCCGUUUCCCUGGUUCCUUAUUUAAUUUCCAAAUACUGGAGCAGAGUUUCCUGCAACACCCCUGUGACAGUUUAACUGGUUGGACACUUUUGUUUUAAACUGAGUGUGAAAUGAGAACUUCAGUCACUGGAGUGUUUAAGGUAACUGUGAUUCAGUUGGCCACUUGCUGCUAUGAAUGCCUCAUGAAGAAAAAUGACACAAAAUAAAAUUUGUGUGCUUUAUUUAUUAUGUAACUCGUUCCUGCAAAAGACACAAUUUUUGUCCAAAAUGUAUCGAAAAGCAAUAAGAAAAUUAAAGUCUUAAUAGAUUUUCAGUAUGCUUGCACUGUCUUUUUAUCUGUUAUGUGAGCAAACAGCUCACUGCUCACAAUGAUGUGGGAUGCUGAGAGGUUUAACAAUUGAACAAAAAAGAAACUACUGAUGACUUAUUUAUCCAAUCUGUCCCAAGUUAUGUCUUAUCAAAUAUGGAUGACCACAAAAUUACUUAAAUAUUAAAAUAUCCAUAAUACAGCAUAAACAAAUUCAAGACUCAAUGGUUUGUAUUCAUGAUGACAAAACCUUAAAAUAAACAGGAGCACUCUUUUGGCUAUGAAAGAAAAGAUGGAUAAAAAUGUGGAUAAAAGCCUUGAGUGUGUAAUCUGCCUGAAAACAAAGAAUCAAUUUAAAAUGUAGCAAGACAAAAUACCUGAGCUACCGGUAAGGAAAAUGCUGUAUUUCGGAAAGGAGUUGGUUUAUGUCUAUAGCUAUUGUGAGAACAUCAGUUAUGACCAUUAAAAAAAGGAUGAAUAUACCUGCAUAUGCCAUAUUUUUUAAAGUCCCAAAGUCAAAUAUUUUUGCAUGAUAAUAAUAUUAGUUGAGCACCUGAGCAUGCAAACUGAAUUGAUUUAAAAUCAUGAGAUAUCUGUAUGUAUUUAGCAGUAAAUAUAGAGUUUUAGUACAUCUCCAAAAUUGUAGCUUGGUGGUACAAAAAAGAAACACAUAAUCUAAAUACAAUGGAUGCAAUAUUUUCCAUACCAA